AUGCCAGCUUCGAUCGUAACGUCGGAGGGCUCGGAACAUAGUCGCGAAGACCCAUCUUUGAUGGGCAUCAUUCGAAGCCACAAUGUGUUUGUCACUGUGUCGAGUUCGUCCUCGAAGACUCUUGCCGAUUUCCUCAGCGUCCACCGAGGGUUCAAGGAUGCGCAUGGACACAAGCUCUUCAUGGCUGGACAAGCUUGA